GUCUACUCCUCACAGUACCAGCAAGCUCCUGCACUACUUCUUCCUGCUCCAUCUGCUCUCAUCGUCCAUCGCUCACCAUGUGUACCGGAAAAUGUGCCAAAUUCAUUGGGUACGCUCUAUACCCCUUAGUUGUCAUCUCCCUCGUUGCCAACGUAAUCCAAUUCUUCCCAGGAUGGGAGACUCAACCUAUUAGCAACCCAAAGGAUCAGAUGACACCAGAAGUUCUAUUCAUGGGCGGAAUCAUUGGAAGUGGAAUACUGGUAUUGAUUCCAGCCAUCCACAUACAGGCGACAGGAAGAGAAAAAGGAUGUUGCAAUAACCGAUGUGGGAUGUUUCUAUCAAUCAUCUUUGCCGCUAUAGGAGUUGUUGGCUCUGCAUAUGGUUUUGCAGUGGCGAUUGUGGGCAUGGUGAAAGGACCUGUUUGUGAGUUUACACUGAAGAAUGCCACCUACCCCAACGGCCUUUUAAUGUGGGGGCGCCCAUUUAAUACAGAGCUUGCACAAUUCAGUAAUGAAAGUUACCUGUUCAACCAAGACCUGUGGAACACCUGCGAGUAUCCCAAGGAUGUAGCGCUCUUCAACGUUGUCCUGUUCUCCAUCGUGUUGUCCGCCUCUGCGAUUUCCUUCGUCCUCUGUGUGAUCCAGAUGUUGAAUGGUCUGUUCGGCUGUUGCUGCGGAACCUGCCGGGACAAGAAUUAAUUGAGGGACCUCUGGGUAUUUUCGGUUGACUCAUCGGAAAAAUGUUCUCGUACAAAGCACCAAUUCCCGCCAUCCGCAGGACCCCUCCCACUGCAAAGGCUGGUUCCUUUGGUUAUCCCAGUUGAUUCGUCCCUCUCUCACCUCCUUUAUUACUUUAAGUGCACUAAAGACAAAAAAAGAAAAAUGAUCGGACAAAUAUGAGACAAGAUGAAGGGUUGUCAUCAACCGUGACUUGCUCAUGUCCCCAUGGAUUCCAUGAGAUGUUCAAAUAGGUGUAAAUAAUAGAAUUAUUUUUUUAUUUAUUCGUUUAUUAUAAUGACAGUAUGUGAAAUAAACUGAUUUUAACAUU